UCGCCCACCCCUCACAUUUAUGGAAGCAGACCGAUCGCCCAUCAAGGGAGAACCACCUUGCAGCCGGCCGCCGCUGCUCGCCGAACAGAAGAGUGAAUAGGUUAUGGGGAAGAAGAGCAAGAAGGCCGGAAGAGGAAAGGAGAAGACGGAGAGGAAGACCGCUAAGGCCGAAGAGAAGCGGGUCCGAAGGGAGAGUAAAAAGGUCGCCGAAGAAGACGACAUCGAUGCUAUCCUUAGGAACAUACAAAAGGAGGAGGCCAAGAAGAAGGAGGUUCAUGUGGAGGAGAAUGUCCCCGCUCCAUCCCCUCGAUCCAAUUGCACGUUGUCCAUAAAUCCAUCGAAGGAGAUGGAGCUGAUUUUAUAUGGCGGAGAAUUCUACAACGGAACUAAGACUUUUGUUUACGGUGAUCUAUAUCGCUAUGAUGUCGAGAAAAAUGAGUGGAAAUUAAUAUCAAGCCCAAAUAGUCCCCCUCCUCGUAGUGCUCAUCAGGCAGUUGCUUGGAAAAACAAUAUUUAUAUAUUUGGCGGCGAGUUCACUUCUCCAAAUCAAGAACGGUUUCAUCAUUACAAGGAUUUUUGGAUGUUGGAUUUGAAAACAAAUCAGUGGGAACAACUUCUUUUAAAAGGCUGUCCAACUGCAAGAUCGGGCCAUAGAAUGGUAUUGUACAAGCAUAAAAUAAUCAUUUUUGGUGGCUUUUAUGACACACUAAGAGAAGUAAGGUAUUAUAAUGACUUGCACAUGUUUGAUCUUGAUCAAUUCAAGUGGCAAGAAAUAAAACCGAGACCUGGAUGUUUGUGGCCCAGCCCCAGGAGUGGUUUCCAGCUUUUUGUUUACCAAGACGAGAUAUUUCUUUAUGGAGGUUAUUCCAAGGAAGUUUCUCCUGAUAAAAAUGGCUCAGAGAAAGGGAUUGUUCAUUCAGAUUUGUGGUCUCUUGAUCCACGAACUUGGGAAUGGUGCAAGGUUAAGAAGGUUGGAAUACCUCCUGGUCCUCGUGCUAGUUUUUCUACGUGCAUUCACAAAAAGAGGGCUGUGCUAUUUGGAGGAGUUGUUGAUAUGGAGGCUGAAGGUGAUGUGCUAAUGAGCUUAUUUAUGAAUGAGUUAUAUGGCUUUCAGUUGGAUACUCGACGGUGGUAUCCUUUGGAACUACGAAAGGAGAAAUCUACGAAAGAUAAGGGCAGCAAAUGUGAAGGCUUAAAAGGAAUAUCAGCUUCUAAUACAAUCAACCAACAGGAUUCACAGUUGAGUAUCACUUAUGAAGAGGAUGAGAAUGUGGAAGGCUUUGAACAAGCUGUUAUGCAAUCUGGACUUAAAAAUCUUUCUCAUCAAAUUGAUAACAAUCUUUGCCUAAAUGCUGUAUCUGGAAGCAAGAUACAUGAUGUGAAAGUACAGGGAUUAGGUAGUGCUUCCGAUAUGCAAGCAACUCCUCCAUCAGAGGUAGUCAGGCCUUGUGGACGCAUUAAUUCCUGCAUGGUUGUGGCAAGGGAUACACUCUACGUGUAUGGAGGGAUGAUGGAAAUCAAAGAUAGAGAAAUUACGUUAGAUGACUUAUAUUCACUUAAUCUCAGUAAACUUGAUGAGUGGAAGUGCAUAAUUCCGGCUUCUGAAUCUGAAUGGCUAGAGAUUUCUGAGGACGAGGAUGAAGAUUCUGAAGAUGAAAAAAGCAACAGUGGAAGUGAUGCUGAUGAGACAGAUGAUGAGCAAGAAGACGAAGACAUGGAGCCUGUGGAUCAUGCUGAAAAGCCUAUAGAUUUGGGAAGUGCUGUUUCCAUUCUAAGGGGCGAGAAACAGAACAUUCGGAGAAAAGUGAAGCGUGCUAGGAUCGACCAGAUUAGAAUCAGCCUUGGCCUUGCAGAUUCACAAAGGACUCCGAUGCCUGGAGAAUCUCUGAAGGACUUCUACAAAAGAACAAACACAUAUUGGCAAAUGGCUGCUUAUGAGCAUACCCAGCAUACUGGAAAGGAGCUUCGCAAAGAUGGUUUUGAUCUUGCUGAAGCACGAUUUAAAGAACUUAAGCCCAUCCUCGAUGAGCUGGCUAUACUUGAGGCUGAGCAGAAGGCUGAGGAGGAAGAAAAUGCAGAAAUCAGUUCAAGAGCAAGGGGCAAUAAGCAGAAUAAACAGCGAAAUCCUCUGAGAUAGAAUGCCUAUUUUAUUACUUCCUAUGCCUGGUUUUUUUUUUUUUUAAAAUCUAAAUAGAUUUG